UAUAUAUAUAUAUAUAUAUAUAUAUAUAAUGGCAGCUUAUGAAUGUAGUUUACAGGGAAUUAUACAAGGUGAAAAACAAAAGAAGGCAGUCAUUGAUCGUAUAUUGGGCAUAGCUGGAAACAAUAGUAUGUUCGACUUGUAUGAACACGAAAUCGUAUUUACACCGACAGUACAAACGCCAAUUGGACCAGCGAGAAACGAUGAUGUGAUACUUCGACUUGUAUCAAGAAUUGAAAAUGAACAGCAGAUAUCACUAAAACACAGACAAUGGUACUUAUCUAUGCAAGGCAAUCCAGAACCACAAAGAGGACGAUCCGUUAUUGUACGACCAAAUACCCGUGUUCAACUUGGAGGCGAUGUCUUUCGUUAUAUGAAAUCACUUGGUUAUAGUUAUUCCUUUGAAGUGGUACGGCGCGGUCAAUUGUUUGCUUAUGAAAAAUUACUCAAGAUCACCAUCAGUCAGUUAUACAAAGUCAAGACAAAGGUGGAUAUCUCAACUGCUUAUUUAUUUCAACCUGAAGAUAUGUGGUUGGUGGAAGUGACAUCGAUCCCAAUAACUCAAGAACAUGUUAGUCAAAUGGCCACCCAGUUACAGAAAUUCAAGGUGUUGAUGAAUGGGAUUAUAGAUUUGGAAUAUGUAGAUAAUCGUGCAUUGCAAAACAAAAUUAGUUAUUCUUAGUGAUCAUAUGGAUUAUGUUUGUACAUCCUUCUUUAAUAAAAACCAUAUUCAUACCGUUA